AUGCACUUUCUCAAAUCAAACCCCACUCUUUUGAAUUCUGUGAGUAAUUUGUCCAGAACCUUUCUUUCUCUGUUCUCUACCAUUUCUAUCCCAACUCAUUUCUCAGUCGAACACAUUCCCAUCAUUGAUUACCUCAACACCAACGUCAAACUCUCCAAAGCUCAAUCCGUCUACAUCUCAAAACGACUUUCUCAGGCUAGGUGCCCUCAGCAUCCAUGGACUGUGCUUAAUUAUUUGAAACAGACUGGACUUUCUGAAUCGCAGAUUCUAUCUAUGAUUGGUAGUGUACCCCAAAUAUUAUUCUCCAGAGUCAAUGAAACCCUGCAGCCGAAAAUUGAGUACCUUCAGCUUCUAGGGUUCGAGGGUUCUGAGUUGGGUAAGCUUCUGUCAAAGAAUGCAACUCUUUUGACGCGUAGUCUGAAUAAAACGUUGGUGCCCUCUGUGGAGGCUUUCAGGAAAAUCGUUAAUGAUGAGAAAGAUUUGAAGAAGUUGCUUCACAGAAAUGGGAAUUGGAUGAUCCCGAAAUACCAAAGGGUUUUGCGCAAUGCUGCUUUCUUCCAGAGUUGUGGGAUCGUUGGUUCUCAGCUUUCCGUUUUACUUACAUGUCAUGGUCGCCUUUUUGUUCAAUAA